AUGCUGUACACACCAGACCGAGUCCACAGGUACAAGCAGGCGGCCACACGCACUCACUCACGCUGCGAUCACUGCUACGAAGCGAAGAGCGCACUGGAUCACUUUUGGAUCACUUUUACGCACGGGAUGACCAUGGCGGAAUCGGUCCAGGCGCACUUGGUGGUGGAGAUAGACCCGGAGUUUGAGCCCCUCUCCCGCCCGCGUUCGUGCACUUGGCCGCUGCCCAGACCUGAGUUCCUGACCCCGGCAGACUCCAACACGUCGUCUCCCGCUCCGUCAGUGAAGCAGGAGCCCGGCAGUGGUGGUGGUUUUGGAGGCGGUGGUGGGGAUUUUAUCAGUAAUCUGAGUUUGCUGGAGGAGAGCGAGGACUUCCCCGAGAAUGAUCCCAGCGCGCUGCUGUGCCAGGACUUCUGCCAGGACAGCGCGCUCCAGCCCCCUCCUCUCCACACUAAGCAGCAGCAGCAGCAGCAGCAUCACCUGCUCCAGCACCAGAGCCCUCAGCUGACCCAGCCACAGGUGCCUCUGCUGUCCACUCCUGGGACGUCCUCCGCCUCCGCCGCUGCCCAGAGGAAAAGCAGCUCGUCGCGCCGGAACGCCUGGGGGAACAUGUCCUACGCUGACCUCAUCACCAAAGCCAUCGAGAGCUCCCCAGAGAGCCGCCUCACGCUCUCCCAGAUCUACGACUGGAUGGUCAAGAGCGUGCCCUACUUCAAGGACAAAGGGGACAGUAACAGCUCGGCCGGAUGGAAGAAACACGCAGAUAUGGAACACUGGUGCGUCCUGAAGUGCUUCCAAAACAUUACGCAAGACUCAGAAAAGCCAAAGUUGUCCCCCCUCCUCCUCCCUCCCUUCCCCGUGGACUUGGGCGUGCUCUGCUCCCACAGGCUGCAGAGGCGACUGGGCGUCAUGCGGAGCCGUGUUGUGACUCAGGCCGUCUGGCUCUCGGUGACGGGGCCCAGCAGUGUGGAGGUGCAGGUGGGGCUGGAGGAGCUGGACACUGGCCCUGGCACCAGCCUGGUUCUAACCAAGAGCAGCCAGAUGGAACAGUGA